AACAGUUCAGUUCAGAAUUUCAGAUUCCACAUCACACCAUCCCUGGCCUCCUUCCUUCUCUCUCUCUCUCUCUCUCUCUCUCUCACACUCUGGACUGGACUGUGGGAGUGAGCUUUUAAUGGGAGGUUGAGUAAGGAACAAGGAAGCUUUGUUGUUGUGUUUGUUUCUCCUUCAUUUCUGCUACUUGUUUUUAUACUUUUAUACUGUCUGGAAUGGGGAAGAGAGAUCAGAAAGACAAAGAUACGGAGAAGGUUGACGCCGUUCUUGAUCUGCUAAAGAAACAAGCUCCGCUUACAGUCAAACAGGAGAAGUUUUGCGAUUAUGCUUGUGUGGAACGGUUUCUGAAGGCAAAAGGAGAUGGUGUGAAGAAGGCGGCGAAGCAUUUAAGAGCAUGUCUAUCUUGGAGAGAGAGCAUCGGAACUGAGUAUUUGAUUGCAGAUGAGUUUUCUGCCGAGCUCGCCGAAGGCUUCGCAUACGUUGCCGGUCAUGAUGAUGAUUCUAGGCCUGUUGUGGUUCUCCGUAUUAAGCAAGAUUACCAGAAGUUCCACUCGCAGAAACUGUACAUCCGUUUACUGGUUUUCACACUUGAAGUGGCCAUUGGAUCCAUGCCUAAAAACAUCGAACAGUUCGUCAUCCUCUUCGAUGCAAGCUUUUUCAGAUCAGCUUCGGCUUUUAUGAAUUUACUACUGGCAUCUCUGAAGAUAUCAUCGGAAUACUACCCCGGACGGCUUCACAAGGCCUUCGUCAUCGACCCUCCCUCCCUUUUCUCUUACCUCUGGAAGGGGGUUCGUCCGUUCGUUGAACUAUCUCCGGUGACGAUGGUGGUGUCUUCGCUCGACUAUGAAGAUUCGUUGGAAUAUGAUGACUUCUCAGCCUUCCCAAGAGCUUCUUCACUGCGGUUCGACCCUGCAUCGAUUCCAUCAACGGGGAAGAUCGGAGCUUCGUCCUCCACCCGCUUCUCCUUCACCGUCUCUCACAACUUCGACUCUCUCAAGCCUUGGUACCUAAGUUUAACAGACACGUCAGCAUCCAAGGUAGGACCCACCAGUCCAUCACGAUCCCUCAUGGGUCCUGCACUCAUUUCCCCACUCAACGCCCGUUCAUUCUCCUUCGCAUCACCGGCCACCAGGACUCCACGUUGCAGCACCCCUGGCCCUGGACCCACCAAGAAGAAUCAAACCAGUACCCCUGGGCCCACCAGCAAUCCGAGGACGCCGAGACCAUCUUUCCUGCAAUCACCAGCCAUGUUCUUUAGGAAGGAGAAGGAUUACCACGUGAGCAAGACGGAGAAGAGCCGUGAGUCGUUCGUUCCUUUCUUGAGGUUCUACAGGAGGCCAUACGAUGAGAUUGUUUACAGGUCAAAGAUGAAACCACCACUAGGUGGACUCAUCUCCAUCGUCUCUCCACAAAUCAAGCGUCGCCACAUGUCACAAUCGCAGAGGUUCUAAACACCAAAAAGUACAUAAAUUUUAGUAUACUACUAAUUAUAUAAUGACCAAAUAAUUUCUAGUGUUAAUAGUAUCUUAUUCCUCUUUAAGAUCAGAAGGAAAAAAGGGAAAAACAGAGACGACGUACUAAGCGGGAUGUGAAAUGGUGUGCAUGUUGUCUCAAUUUUGAGCGUUGUUGUGUUUUCUCUCUCUCUCUAGACGCCUUAAGGUGAGAGAGAGAGAGAGAGUCAGAAGUCUACGUUUCGGGGUUUGGAGGAGAGUUUGAGGUAUUGGAAAAGCGAUAGCGUGGUCGGGACGAUGAACAUUGGCAUCGGAAAUCAUUUGUUAGACCAGGAAAGGAAAAAUCUAUGUUUGGUUUAAUCAAAUUUGUUUUGAUGUUUUUGACUUUUGUGAAGAUUGGAUUUUUGGGGAAUCUCUAGAACCUUUUUUUUUUUUUGUUAACUUGUUAAUAAUGGAAGUCUGAAAGCCCUACGGUUUAACUGUUAUCGAGAUAGAAGUUUUUUGUUAACUUCACCUGCAUUUCUUUUUUUUUUCCUUUUUCAAUUCAAGUCCACUAUUCCCACUAACAUGUGUGGUGUUUUGUUUGUAAUUUGAAAAGUCAAAAUAGUUUGGAAAUUGAAACUGUUAUACAAUACACGCA